GUCAAUACAACAAUGAAACAAGUGGCCCUGAGGAGAGAAUGAGGGAAUAAGGGUAAAGGAGCAAAUCUUAUCGUCGGUUGUCACCUUUCUUUUAUUCCAAAAGUAUUAAAAAUACAAACCUUGAACCAGAGCCAACUAGGAAAAGGAGAGGGCGAGGCAUUAGGCCAGCGUCACAUUCGGGAAAAGCACACUAUCCACUUCUAAGAGGCGGUGGUUGUUUGUUCACUUUUGCAUUGCAGUGGACAGACGCCCUGCUCUCACUUUUGGCUUCUCAGCCACAAUAUAUAUAACUAUAUUUUAUCUUUAUAAAAUGGGUUUUUGUUCUGUGAACAAUAUUUUGCUCUCUCUGUUUCAUCGUUUUACUGUGCAAGAAUGUGAAGAAAAACCGGAGCUGAACUCGUUUUUUAAUGUUAAUUAAAGAACGAAAUUAUUUAUUUACUAUACAAUUUUUAAUUAAAGAAUUAAAGGGUAAAGUGAAGAAAAUGAAUGCUAUAGCUUCUCGUUUUGAUUUCAAAGAGAUUCAGGAGAAGGUUUCUCUUCACUUGAGACCUUGGCAUCGCUCAUUACAGUUCUGGGUUCGAGCUGCUGAUAUUUACGCCGGCUACAAGGUGUUUCAAGUUCGAGUGAGUUUUGUGAAGGAUGUGCAGAAGCAAGAGGCAAUGUGGGAAAGACAACAUGAGCUUGCUGCUGACAAGAUUUAUGCUAUGUGUUCUGACCUUGGUGGCUUCUUCCUUAAGGUUGCUCAAAUUAUCGGGAAGCCAGACCUAGCCCCAGCGGCAUGGGUGAAAAGGCUUGUUACAUUGUGCGAUCAAGCCCCGGCAACGCCAUUUGAUGCUGUUAAAUUUGUUUUAGAGAACGAGUUGGGUCAAAGUGUUGGUGAAAUUUUUGAAAAGUUUGAUGUAAAUCCUCUUGGUUCAGCUUCAAUUGCACAGGUUCAUCGAGCAAGACUGAGAGGUGAUAAGAGUGAUGUUGUUGUUAAGGUGCAACAUCCUGGAGUCCAAGAUCUGAUGAUGACAGACAUCCAUAACUUGCAAGCAUUUGCAUUAUACAUGCAAAAGACAGAUAUCAAAUUUGAUCUGUAUUCUGUUACCAAGGAAAUGGAAAAACAGAUUGGCUAUGAAUUUGACUUUCUAAGAGAAGCCAAUGCUAUGGAGAGAAUUCGCCAUUUCUUAUACAAGAAUAACAAAAAGAGUCCAGUUCUGAUUCCACGAGUGCUUCAGGAUUUGGCUACAAGGAGGGUCUUGGUAAUGGAAUAUAUCAAUGGAAUCCCAAUCUUGAAUCUUGGUGAUGAAAUGGCCAAAAGAGGAAUAAAUCCUGGUGGUAAAAUGGCAGCAGCAGCAAAGCAGAACAUACUUAAGAGUUUGACACUAGCAUAUGGACAGAUGAUACUAAAGAGUGGCUUCUUCCAUGCAGAUCCCCAUCCUGGGAAUAUAUUGAUCUGUAAAGGUUCAGAGGUUGCCUUGUUGGAUUAUGGGCAAGUGAAGGAUCUACCUGACCAGUUGAGGCUCGGAUAUGCUAAUUUGGUUCUUGCCAUGGCUGAUAAUGAUCCUGUAAAAGCAACAGAAAGCUACAGGCAACUUGGCAUAGAGACCGUGAGCAAUUGUGAGAAUGAACAACAGGAACUACUUCGCUUGGCACAGACAAUGUUUGAUACAAAACUUCCUCCUGGAGUGGUAAUGCUGCAACCAUUCUCAGAAGAUUCUUCAAUAAAAAAAAUUGGUGUACAGUCUUUUCCAGAGGAACUGUUCUCUGUUCUUCGUACUGUACAUCUGCUGAGAGGACUUAGUGUUGGUCUUGGAAUCAACUACUCGUGUGCAGAACAGUGGAGGCCUAUUGCAGAAGAGGCCUUGUAUAAUGCUGGAAGGUUAAAAGGUGCCAAUCAAAAGACUAAAGUUCGUAAGUGGGGUUUCUUCAGAAGAUUAUUUCGAAGAGAUUGAUUGCUUGAAGAAGAGAAAUUCAAUUCAUUCCUAGAAGAUACAUUCAUUUAGUUGCCUUCAUAUGUGAUGUUUACAAGCUCGUUAGUGCUAAUCUGUAUGGAGCAAAUGAUCGCUUUAACAUACAACAAUUCUCUUUACGAGUCACAACUCAACACAUUUCCUUUUCUUUAACAAGUAGGGCGUUGGAUAAA